AUGGAUAGCUUACUUGCUCAAGGAUUCGAUGAAAGAAUGCUGGCUCAGAUGUUUGGUACAGGCGGCACUGCAGGAUUAGACGCGAUGUUAGGCGGUUCUGCGAAAUCGUUCGCCGAUCCUGGUUCCAAAACAAAAUCGCAAGCCACGACAAAGAAGGAAUAUGGAUCUAGCAUCAAGCAAGAGCCAAAAUCCACAGGCUACGGCUCUUAUGGCUCCUCCAAGACAACAACAAAAGCUUCAAACAAAAACAGCUACGGAAGCGUCCCAAUGGCCGGCGCGACUUCAACCGGCUGGGGAUCAUCCGCUUCAACUCAGCAGGCGGCCAGAACUCAAAAUCAAACUUUUGCCUACGGAAAUGGCUCGAAAAAUCAAACAAGCUACAACCAGAAUCAACAGGCGAUGCCGAAAGCGAUGCCUAGAGGAGCUGCCGAUGUCGGGACGAAGUUGCAGGCGAUUUCGACUGCAGCGGAACAUUAUCGGCUGAAAUGUAAGCGGAAGAUUUUGGGAAGAAAAGCGCUCUUCAGACUAGAAGAAAUCAUCGCUUUCCACAUCCGAACUGGCAUGAGCGAGUUUUCCGACCGCCACGACAUGGACAUUUUCGCUCAGCUGGCUGAGCAAGUUCUUUUGAUCAUCGCCCGAGCUCACGCGAAGGCGAAAAUUGACGAGCUCCAACAAAUCGCUUCUCCCGAAGGCUUCAGUUUCUACACCUCUUCUCGCAAUCGAUGGGUCCUCAAAAAUCUUCAAACACUUUUCCAGCGAUACCCAUGCCAGGAAGUCAAGGAUCGACUUUUGGACGCGCAGCAUUUCGAAAAAUCACUCUACGGAGUUCUUCACGUCGUUUCUUACAAAUAA